CCAGAGCCUUUUCCAUUUCACUGUAUCACUUUUUUCCCUCUCCCAGGCCCAAAGGUUUGCCAGGGUUUGUUUGCUGUUCUGGCGGAGUUAAACAGUAGUUAAAGAGUUGACUUUUCCAGAAAAAUGUAUUCUUUUUGAAAGGAGGCUAGGUUUCUCCGAGGGAAGCUGUGGGUCUGGGCCUGGAUUUCAGUCUGUGAGCAGCUGCAGGAAGUAACCAGAGAUGUCUGCUUCCAGGAUCUGGUCUGGCCUGCUGAUUCUUCUGGGUGCGCUCAGCCCGGGAGCCUCCUCAUGUGGCAUCUCCACGCACAUUGAAAUAGGACACAGAGCUCUGGAAUUUCUUCAUCUCCAGGUUGGGAGUGUUAACUACAAAGAGUUGUUACUUGCACACCAGGAUGCCUAUCAGGCUGGAACUGUGUUUCCUGAUUCUUUUUAUCCCAGCAUCUGUGAAAGAGGAAAAUUCCAUGACGUGUCAGAGAGUACUCAUUGGACACCAUUUCUGAAUGCAAGCAUUCAUUACAUCCGAGAGAACUAUCCCCUGCCCUGGAAGGAGGACACAGAGAAACUGGUAGCUUUCUUGUUUGGCAUCACCUCUCACAUGGUGGCAGAUAUCAGCUGGCAUAGCCUGGGGAUUCAGCAAGGAUUCCUUAGGACCAUGGGAGCGAUUGAUUUUCAUGGCUCCUAUUCUGACGCACAUUCUGCUGGCGAUUUUGGAGGAGACGUGUUGAGCCAGUCUGAAUUUAAUUUUAAUUACCUGGCACGGCGCUGGUAUGUGCCUGUCAAAGAUCUCCUGGAAAUUUAUAAGAGACUCUAUGGAAGAGAAGUCAUCAGUAAACAUGUGAUUACUGACUGUUCCUACCUUCAGUUCUUAGAAAUGCAUGGUGAGAUGUUAGCCAUUUCCAAGCUUUAUCCCACUUUUUCUAGAAAGUCCCCAUUUUUGGUGGAACAAUUCCAAGAAUAUUUCCUUGGAGGACUAGAUGACAUGGCAUUUUGGUCUACUAAAAUUUAUCAUCUGACAAGCUUCAUGUUAGAGAAUGGGACCAGUGACUGCAGCCUACCUGAGAACCCUCUGUUCAUCGCCUGUGGUGGCCAGAGGAACAACACCAGUGGCAGCUCCAAAGUACAGACACAUUAUUUUGAUAGAAAUUUGACUACAUCUCUCACUAAAGAUGUUGGAAGAAAUAUAAAACAUACCGAGAGAGGAGUGUUCUUUAGCAUGGAUCCUUGGACGUCGGAUUCCCUAUCAUAUAUGUACCAGACUGUGCAAAGGAAUCUGCGGCUGAUGUUUACAGAGGGCUCUAGGCAGUCUCUGAAGCACAUUUCCAGCCCCUCAGCAUCUUAUUUUGUGUCAAUUCCCUAUGCGAGACUUGGUUGGGCAAUGGCCUCUGCUGAUCUCAACCAGGAUGGUUAUGGUGACUUGGUGGUGGGUGCCCCAGGCUACAGCCACCCUGGCCACAUCCAGGUUGGGCGUGUGUACCUCAUCUAUGGCAACGACCUGGGCCUGCCUCCUGUCGACUUGGACCUGGACAAGGAGGCCCAUGGGAUCCUGGAGGGCUUCCAGCCCUCAGGUCGAUUUGGGUCCGCGUUGGCUGUGUUAGAUUUUAACCAGGACGGCCUGCCUGACCUGGCAGUGGGAGCCCCGUCCGUGGGCUCGGAGAAGCUCACAUAUAAGGGUAAGGUGUACAUCUACUUUGGUUGCAAGCAAGGAAGAAUGUCAUCUUCCCCCAACAUCACCAUCUCUUGCCAGGAUGUCUACUGUAACUUGGGCUGGACACUCUUGGCUGCAGAUAUGAAUGGGGACAGCAAGCCCGAUCUGGUGAUUGGUUCCCCUUUUGCACCAGGUGGAGGCAAACAGAAAGGAAUUGUGGCUGCAUUUUAUUCUGACCCCAGCUGGAGUGACAAAGAACAGUUGAACGUGGAGGCAGCCAACUGGACGGUGAGAGGUGAGGAGGACUUCUCCUGGCUGGGAUACUCCCUUCACGGGGUCAGUGUGAACAACAGAACUCUGCUGUUGGUGGGGAGCCCGACCUGGAAGAAUGCCAGUAGUUUAGGCAGUCUGUUCCGCACUCACGAUGAGAAACAGAGCCUUGGCCGGGUCUAUGGCUAUUACCCACCAAACAGCCAAAGCCGAUUUACUAUUUCUGGGGACCAGGCAAUGGGGAAGCUGGGUACGUCCCUGUCAAGUGGCUCUGUGAUGGUGAAUGGAACCCAGAGACAAGUACUUCUGGUUGGGGCCCCAACUCACGAUGACGUGUCCAAAAUGGCAUUCCUGACCAUGACCUUGCACCAAGGUGGAACUACUCGGAUGUAUGAACUGACAUCAGACUCUCAGGCUUCGCUGCUCAGUACUUUCAGUGGAGACCGCCGCUUCUCUCGAUUUGGUGGAGUUCUGCACCUGAGUGACCUAGAUAACGAUGGCUUAGAUGAAAUCAUCAUGGCAGCCCCUCUGAGGACAGCAGAUAUGACCUCCGGACUGAUUGGGGGAGAAGAUGGCCGUGUUUAUGUUUAUAAUGGCAAGCAGACCACUUUGGGUGACAUGACAGGCAAAUGUAAAUCAUGGAUUACACCAUGUCCAGAAGAAAAGGCCCAAUAUGUGUUGAUUUCCCCUGAAGCAAGCUCAAGGUUUGGGAGCUCUAUGAUCACUGUGAGGUCCAAGGAAAAGAAUCAAGUGGUCAUUGGUGCUGGAAGGAGUUCUUUUGGAGCCCGCCUCUCAGGGGCCCUCCACAUCUACAGCCUUGGCUCAGAUUAAAGAUUUCACUUCUCCUACCUAGCCC